AUGAGUAUGAGGUUUCUGAGUUUGGUGGGGAAUUCCUUUGGUUGUUCUGCAUCUGGAGAGAGGCUAGUCUCUGCUGCCAGAGAUGGUGAUCUUCAGGAAGCAAAGGCUUUGUUGGAUUAUAACCCUCGCCUUGUAAGAUAUUCCACCUUUGGGGUUCGGAAUUCCCCCCUCCACUAUUCUGCAGCUCAAGGCCAUCAUGAGAUUGUAGCUCUUCUGAUUGACUCUGGAGUGGAUAUUAAUCUCAGGAACUAUCGUGGGCAGACUGCAUUGAUGCAAGCCUGUCAGUAUGGUCAUUGGGAGGUUGUUCAGACUUUGAUCAUUUACAAAGCUAAUAUUCACAAAGCUGAUUAUCUGAAUGGGGGUACAGCACUUCACCUAGCUGCUCUGAAUGGGCAUUCUCAAUGCAUUCGGCUUCUCCUUGCUGACUACAUUCCUAGCAUUCCUACUUUUAGCAGCAUUUUCCUGAAAGGGUUGAGAAAUGAAGAAUCAAUUUCGGAAUUUGAUGAAGAUGCACUCUAUCAGGUGAUCAAUAAACCUGCUGAUGGAGGCAUCACAGCCCUGCACAUGGCUGCUCUGAACGGACACAGUGAAACCGUUCAACUACUUCUGGACUUGGGAGCUUCUGUAAGUGAUAUUACUGUGGAGGACGGGACUACAAUUGAUUUGAUAGGUGCUGGAAGCACUCCACUACAUUAUGCUGCUUGUGGGGGUAAUGCACAAUGUUGUCAGCUUUUGAUCGCCAGAGGGGCAAGUCUCACGACAACAAAUGCCAAUGGGUGGACUCCUCUGAUGGUAGCUCACUCAUGGCAUAGAGACUGGCUUGAGGAGAUUCUGAAGACGCAACCAGAAGGACAGCCUCAACUUCAACCUUCCCCGUAUCUGUGUCUCCCUCUUAUGAGCAUUGUAAAUAUAGCUAGAGAAUGUGGAUGGAAAAGCUGCGACUCACAUACCACGCGUGUGGAUCCAUGUGUUGUUUGCUUGGAAAGAAAGUGUACAGUCGCUGCAGAAGGACAUAGAAAAUUUUAUUUCUCCUUUAGCAUUGUAGCUGCUCCCGGAAAUUCAAUUGCAGUUUUACUUCAGAUUGUGAAAUAUUGCAAAAGUUUUACUGCAUCAUUAAUCCACGAAUUCCCCGAUCGUGCAGGAUGUUUUCAUGAAUUCUGCACUCAAUGCGCCUUGUACCUGUGUUCCACUAAUCGGUCCUCAGCGGUGGCUCAUGGCCCCCCAGGUUCAAUUGCUUGCCCUCUUUGCCGGCAGGGGAUAGUUUCAUUUGUUAAACUCAAGGGCACAAAGCCAAUAGUGAAAGAAAAUCCUCGAACUAGUAUAUCCCUUCCCUUCUGUGCCUGUACAGCUGAUGCUUCAGAACUCUCUUCUAUGGAAACACCAUUCUGUAAGCCUGAUCCUGGUUGUGUUGGAAUUAGCCCUCUCGGCUCUUCUUUCCGCUCCUUAAGCUGCCAAAGGUUUCCAUCAAUGAGAUUUAGCCCUGGCCUUUGUAUGGGUACACCAGAUACAAGGCCUUCUUUGGUUCCAAGGAGCGAUCGCAGUGUGAGGGAACAAUUGGUUCGGUGUUCAAGACUAAGCUUUCGGCGUUCUACUUCUCAAGCUGAGGGCAGAAAUUGGUUCUGUUCUUUCAAUCAAUGCGUAGCAACUGAAAGCGGUUGCUGA